AUGAUCUAUCAUCAAUUGGCUUUAUUGCUGAUAUCAACGUUAUUGCUAUCAACAAGCUUCAUUGCUGUUGUUGUUCGAGCAGCAGCUGUCGAAUUCCGAGUCGUAGCACCCAGCGCCACUGAUGUUCAAGUAUCCAUCAAUGGCCAGAACACCAAACUCACUGCUCAAGAUCCGGAUGUACCUUACUUUGUCGGGCAAGCUGAAGCUGGCGACGGAGCCAAAUACAAAUACAUUGUCGGUGGCACUGCAGAAGCAUUUGAACGAACUUUAGAAGCUGGGCGCACGUCUACUCGAAAUGAUUUCUUCAAUCGUCAGGUUACUUAUGCCAAUAUUCCAAAAUUGCCUUGGCCUAUCAAGGAAAAUCCACAAUGGACUCGAGCUGGUCCGGAAUCACCCAUGUUUGAUACAAACUAUAUUCCAAGCAUCUUCAUGACCAUGUCGCCUGAAGAAAAAAGUACCUUGGUCCAAACUGUCCCUGCAGAUCUUUUCAGCUCCAAGUUUACAUUUGUUGGGCCUGAUGAAGUACUUGCUUAUGAGAACUGCUCCUUUGGUAUUCACGGUGCAGGAAAGAAACACAACAACGACAAGCAAAGCUGGCGCUGGAUGUUGCCUGAAGGCAAAUAUAUUUACAACCGGAACUACAUCAAGCUGCGCCACAUGGAAGAAGACCCUACCCAAAUGCGUGAAAAGACCUAUUCCGACAUCUUGCAAGCGAUGGGCGUCUACGGAAAUGAUGCCAAUAUUGUCCGUUUCUUUAUCAAUGGCGAGUUUUUCGGCACCUUCAACAUGCUCGACGACAUUACUCAAUACUCGUACAUCAAUGCCGUGUUUUACAACGGCAAGCCGCCGCAGCAAAUGGGCCCCUUGUACGAUGGUGCUUCCGGAGCCGAUUUUGCUUAUGACUCCACUGGCGAGGGCUACAGCUUUUGGAUUCCAAACGUCGAUAGCCCUGAAGACUACGAUGCCAUUGACCCGCUUUGUCAAACUUUGAACCAGACCGAUGCAACAAACAAUGAUCAAAUCAGUAAACUGGGCAGCCAGUUUGAAAUUGACGGAUUUGUUCGUUUCAUGGUGAUGGAAUACCUAGCCGGUCAUUGGGACGGCUAUUGGAUGGCGCAAACCAACGAUGGCGCAUAUCGUGACCCAACGCAAAACAACAAAUGGUACUAUCUGGGCCAAGAUUAUGAUGCAACGUUCGGUGUCAAUUUGGGUGAGCCGGAAGGUGCCGCGUUUGUCGAUGUAUCGUACAAGGAAUUCCCACAGCGAUAUCCGGGCGCAGUGAUGAUCAACACGUUGUUGGAAAACCAAGACGUUCGCACCAAGUUUGAAACUUAUCUCAAGGAUACCGUCGCUGUCUUGUUCAACAACGUUACCCUCACAAAUCGUCUCAUGAAAUACCACGAGUUCUUGUUGCCAGACUUGGAAUGGGAUCGUACUGUCAAGCAGCAGUCGCCUGGUAUCCAUUUUGGCUGGUCAUUCGAACAGGUUUCCCAAAAUCUGUGGGAGCCUGUCACGGCUUCAGGAGAAGGUGGUGGCGCAGAUUGGGGUUUCCUCGACUGGAUUGUCAAAAAGAGCCAGGCUGUUGCCAAGGAAUUUGAUGUGCAGAUUACUACAGAGCCUGUUGGUCCACCUGAUUCUGCUUCUUCUGCAUCCUCCAGCGCCGAUACGCCAGCGCCUACCGGUGUUCAUCCUGCUGGUCAAAACGCCUCUGCAGCAACUAGAAGUGUAAGCGCCUUGUCUGGCAGCAUCAUCUCGGCGCUGACAGCAAUGUCACUUUAUUUAAUUUUGGUAAGGACCUCGCUCAUCACAAUAGCAAGACAGCUGUCAAUCGAUCUUGCGUAUAUUAACUGUUUCUUUCAUUGUUGUUUCCCUCCAUUUUUGCAUACAGAAUUUCUAAACAUUUGUAGCACGCAAUGA